AAAAAUAGUACUAUAUCAUACAUGUGAUAUACCGUCAUGGUUUUAAAUGCCAUAAAACAAUCUUGUAUGAAUCCUAACAGAACAAUCUCGUAAGAUCUAAUUUCAGCAAUCAUCCCAUCUUCUCUUAUUGCUUGAUCUCUCAACACUGAAGAAGACAACAUGGGGAGCAGCAGCUGUCCUCUGCUCUGCUCUUAUGCGAAUUCUCUGCCGCAGGACCGUGGCUGCGAUGCUCGCCGACGCGCUGGGCUGCGGCUUCGUCGAGGCGGACGACCACCACUCCCACGCCAACAAAGAGAAGAUGAGCAGGGGCGUCCCGCUCACGGACGAGGACCGCCUUCCAUGGCCGGAGUCGCUGCACGACGCCAUCAGAGAGCGGCUGGACCGCGGCGAGGACGUCGCCGUCAGCUGCUCGGCGCUGCGGCUCAAGUAUCAGCCGAGCGCGGCGAGACCGGGACGAGCGGCGCGAGUACCGUGCAGGCGGCCGGACUGA